AUGGCGGGGGAAUUUGACCAAGUGGCCAUGAAAAUAGAUAUGGAAGAUCACACUCCAAGUUUUGCUUCUACUAACACUCCUUCUGUGACCAAUCCGCCCCAUAUUAUAUCUGCCUAUAAAGAUCCUCAAUCAUUACCUAUUUCUUCACACUCUAUCUCCACUAAUAUACUUCUAUAUACUACUACUUCUCAUAAUACUCUUAAUACUGAACAAAAACCUUCUUCCCCCACAACUUUGACAAGCCCAAAGCACUCGACUAACCAAAAUGAGCAACGCACUUCCACUGGUUGCCUAACACCCACGAAUUGUUGCAACACAACCAGUCCACCCCCUUCACCAAGCUCAGUCCUGGCUGGAACAAGGUCUGGAGGGACAUGCAGUUAUGUUCACACUGAUGGUCAAUGGAGAGGAAACAUUGAUCAUACUACAAAACCAGAAUUCCCUAGCACAACUGAUUUCGGAGGAUGGGUUGGUGGGACUUGGGAUUUGAACCAGUUUAAGAAAAAUGGAGAGACUAAUUGGGAUUCUGUUAUUGAUGCUGAGGUUAGGAGAAGGAAAUGGUUGGAAGAUAACCCAGAGUCAUCAAGUAAUGAAGCUCCUGUGCUUUUUGACACCUCCAUUAUUCCAUGGUGGGCAUGGAUGAAGAGAUUCCAUCUUCCUGAAGCUGAACUUCUCAAUGGUCGUGCUGCGAUGGUUGGCUUCUUUAUGGCCUAUUUUGUGGAUAGCUUGACCGGUGUAGGCCUAGUUGACCAAAUGGGCAACUUCUUUUGCAAAACACUAUUGUUUGUAGCUGUGGCUGGUGUGCUUCUGAUACGCAAGAAUGAGGAUAUAGAAACACUCAAGAAGUUGGUAGACGAGAGUACUUUUUAUGACAAGCAGUGGCAAGCAUCUUGGCAAGACGAGAACUCAAGCAGUUCAAAGGACUCUUGAACACAUUUCUCACAUAAGUGUUGAUUUUCAUAUAUUCGGAAAAUUGCAAUUAGGUGAUGGCACCAUGCUAGUCAGAAGGGAGCGGAAAAUUGUAUUCACCAUUUUGUUUUAGUUCUUAAUGUAUCUUCUUUCCUUUCUUUUUUUUUGUUUUUGUUUUUGACUAUGAUUUUUUUUCCCCUAUGUAGUGAACAACUUUUUAGCUGAUCUAUGAUAUUAUUUUGUCAGAUGGCAUAGUCAUGCUUCAAA